AUGACACGCGCACCACCACCACCUCCACCCCGUCGGAAGAUGAAUACUCAACAGACUCUCCAAUAUUUAUCUAACACCUCACCACACUCUAAUCCAUUCUCUGACCACUCACCGGGACUUGAACGACAACUUCCAUCUCUUUCCAACACCUCACCACAUUCUAACCCGAUCUCUGAACACUCACCUAAAUCUCAAAAGCCACUGGCACGAUCAACUUUAAACCCCUCACCACCUUCUAACACCCAACAAACCAAAGUACCUCAACAACCACCUCCCUUACCUUCGACUUCUCAACUACUACUAGCAUUCAGCCGUGAACAAUCUUCACCACCUUCUGCUGCUCAACCACCACCCACGAGUUGCACGCCUUCCACCUCCUCACCCACCACGCAAGCCGCCCCGCAACUCACCCUCUCAACACCCACCCAAGAGCCCCUCUCUCUCCCCAACCAACCCCUCUCCGCCACCGAACUAGCAGAUUGGAAACAUUCAUUAAAAGAGAUGACCGAGAAGUGGACCUCUGAAGAUGCACCUAAGACUGGAGCGCCAGGUCUAGGUGAAGAGUCUGGUAAAGUUCACGAGCAUUUCUCAGAACAACAACCCGCAACCACGUCCACGGAGGAGACGGUGAAUGAAGAGGGCGUUCGUGGGGGAGAGUUGAAGGGUUCGGAGGUUACUCGACAAGAGAUUCCACCACUUUCUACCUCUCAACCUCGCAACACCCCCUCCACCAGCUUGUCUAACUCCGCGGCACACUCACAAAACAAACCACUACAACCUCACCAUCCACCACCAGAUCCACACAACUUCCUCAACUCCUACCAACUCGAUAUACCAUCCGACCCUGUAGAGUUGGAACGACGAGUAAGGGAGAUACUGGAGAGGAGGGGUCUUGGGUAUUUGAUUAAGGGGAGAGGGUUAGUUCAAGCACAGCAAGGCCAAGAUCAAGAUGAAGCACCACCUCCCCAACCUCAACCUCAAUCUCAAACUCCCAGCCAUCUCCAAUCCCAAUCUCCUCCCCAUCACCACGAGUCACCUCACGAACUCCGUGAUAACACAGCUCACGAAGCCCUCACAGAUACGGCACCGAAGAUAGAAGAAGUAAUUCGUCUGGGAGCGCAAACGACGCAGGCUGAAGCUUCGAAAAUUGCGCGACGAUUAGAAGAAUUAUCAUCUCUCGUUGAUCCUCAUCCAGCAUCCGAUUCUCACCAACCAAAAUCUCUGAAACCACAACCACUUUCCAAUGCCCAGAAACCAAACAAUCAGCAACCACCCGCCCAACACCCUCUCAAUCAAUGGCACCGUCUCCACAUGCAAAUCCUCGAUUCCGCCACGUGCGCACCCACCGACGAAGACGUAGUCGAGCUGAGGCGGCUAUCGAGGGAGGUCGAUGAGAUGCUGGACUUGGAUUUGGGGAAGUAUUAUCCAGCACGUCAACGAAGGGAGUAUAUAGAUAGCAAGCGCCUCGCACAGGGUAAAGCCGCUGAGAGAUUUACAGAUAUGUUCUUGGAUGGCGGAGGAGUUCAAGAACUCUCCAAGACCGAGUCCAAAGCGUUUCAAGCGACGCCAGACCACACCAAGAUAUCUGAAGUUCUACGUCUCGCAGCAACGACGUUGGAGGAUGAAGUGUCCAAGCUGUCUGAAAUCUCGUCUUUAGACAGCGGAGGAGUUCGCGAGCUCGACUCCAAAGCGACGCCAGACCACACAAAGAUAUCUGAAGUCCUACGUCUCGCAGCGACGACGUUAGAGGCUUCAGUAGCUAAACUUGUUCAAGAAUCCGAUUUCUCGUCUCUGGACAGCGAGGGAAGGAAAGAGAUAUCAAAGCUCGAGUCCAAAGCCUCUCGAGCUACAAAGCCAGUCCCGGAUUACAUGAAGAUAGAAGAGGUGAUCCGGCUAGGAGAGUUGAUGGGCAAGGGUAAAGCCGCAGAGAUGGCUGAAGGGAGACGGGAAGGGGAGGGAAUUCGCUCGGUCGUCUAUCCACUACCCACCCCUCAGCAUCAACUCCCCCCUCCCCGCCCCCUCAAACCUCAACCACGGCUCCCUCUUCCACACGCUGCUCACCCUGCAAAGCCUAUCCACGCUUAUGACGAAUUAGCGGAGAUCGAUCGGCUGGUGCGGUGUUUACAAGAGAUUUUAAAGGUGUUGUUGAAGGAGACGGUGAAUCCGUGGGAAGGGGUGUUGGAGAAUGGGGGGAGGGCGAAGGGAGGGGAGGGGCAGGCGGAGAUGCGAGGGGAAGUAGCACUACCAGCACCUCAACACCAAGCACUGCACCCACUAUUACAAAAGACCUUAAACGGCCAAGCUAUCAACACAGAACUAUUGAAAAAUGGUGAGAUUUUUAGGACGUCGGUGGGUACGGGUAAUUCAAGAGUUUUAUCUGAUGAGGCGCCGCUCGAAUGCCGAAGUUGUUGGCCGGAUUUGCCAAGUGGUGGGAGAGUGGAGGGUGGAAUAGUGAGUUCUGCUGGGGCAGGAGGUGCUGAGACGGGAGAGAAGAUUGCGUCGGGUGAAGUAGCUUCGGGUGCUGCUUCUGCUCCCGCGAAUUCUUCGACGGGUGGAACAGUUGCGGAUGUUGGUGCUUCGGAGACGGUAACCACUUCCUCGAAACCCAUCGCCAAAACAACUAACACCAAACCCACAACCUCCGUCACCAAAACCACCAACAAACCCAAUACCACGAAAAACACCACCAAGCCACAAACCACCACCAAUUCCAACACGACCAAACCCAAUACCACUAAACCAUCGCCAACCAAAACCACGACCAAACCCAACACCACCAAAAGCACCUCCAAGCCACAAACCACGACCAAUUCCAAUACCCCCAACAACACCAACAAACCCAACACCACGACCAAAUCCAACAGCAUCAAAACAACCAACAAGUCCAAUACCCCGAAAACAACCACCCAGCCACAAACCAAAACGCCAGACUCAGACGACUUCCCUUCUAACACAGAGGAUUUUCUGUUUCUCGCGGGUUUGGGCAUCCCCUUCGCCGUGGGUUGCGUAUGUAUGGUCUGGUGGUUGGUUCAGUGGAUUAUGUGGAUGUGUGAGUAG